AUGGCUUUGGUUGGUUGUUCUUUUUCACUGUACGUCCGCAGACACAUUCUGACAGCACUUCAGACAGCAGCUUUGUGCCCCGCCAGCUUCUUGUUCCAUGCCUACCAUGGUGUUUUUGUACAGACAGCACUUCAGACAGCAUUAUGCUGUAGUCGGCAAUCUUCCGUUUUGGUAUAGAGUGGGACAGGGAGGGGUGAUGCUACUGCUGUAGUCGAACGGUGGGACGGACGUGCAGUUCAGUUUUUGGGCACGCAUACGGUGCUGCAGGGAUUUUCAGGUGUAUGUACCUCUUCGGGCUCUUGGAUACCUUGUCUCGUCAUAUGUGUGCGUGUUCUCUAGAU